UUUUACAGAAAAUAAAGACGAAUUAUACGAUCCAUGGUUACCUCAAGCAUAUGUAAAAUCAAAAUCCCAGAAGAUAUUGGAUAUUUUACUGCCUUUGACCAGGGAUCCAAACAUCGAGGAUGAAAACGCUGAUUCCCCACUGAAUCUUGCUUGUGCCUGUUUAGCCUCGAAAAAUAAAGAUGACAUCCGAAAGUUGCUGCAAGCAGGAGCAGAUCCUCUUCACAAAGGACAGGGAAAUGUUGAUGCCUUCGAAAAAUGUAUUGCAACAGAAAAUCUUAGAGCCUUGGAAAUAUUGCUCCUAGAAAAAGGUUCAAAUCAUAUUACUGAUUUGCAUUUUACUGCAUUUUUGAAUGUAUCCCAAAUUCAUGAUGCUAAAUUAUAUCAAAGAGUGGCAUUAUUGAUGCUCAACACAAAUAAACACAUUAAUGUAAACAGAAGAAACAGUAAAGGAGACACGCCAUUUGAUUACUUUUGUUAUCAAAAUGCAACUGAUGUGAUCAGAAAACUGAUGGAAAGAGGUGCAGAUGUUACAGCGACAGCAAGAAGGAACAUUUUACACGUUCUCUGUGAUUCUCCAGAUAUUGCGUCAAAACUGGACACAAUAUCCUUGAUAAUAAAAAGUAACGCCGAUCUGGAUGUCCAAGAUACAUCAGGGAAAACUGUGCUUCAGAAGACAGUAGAAAAGUACCGAAAAUUUUACCUCAGGGAUGGGUAUUCCACAUACAAAUGCAUAGGCUCAAUUAUAGAACAUUUACUGAACGCUGGAGCGAAAUGUAUAGAGACCGAAUUAACUUCUCUGUUACAGCUGGCUUGUAAACAUCAACAUUUCGCAUUGAUGAAAGCCUUAGUAAGGAGAGGGGCGGACCUGUCUGUUAAAAAGUCAGAAAGGGGUAUUUUACAUGAUUGUUGGCUACCUUUCGACUUUUAUAAAAUUGUUAUUACACCAAAUUUGUUAAAAGAAUGCAUCGAGUAUAUAGAGUUCCACAAGAAGGCUGGAGGAAGCCUGACUGAACUUUAUAAAGGCUCUACACCUCUUGAUUUGUACUUGAAGUCUGACAUUUACAAAAAAUCGGAAAAUUUUAAAAGUUUGCGGGAUGAAAUUGCUUCCCUACUUGCAUGCAAUGAAGAAGUUGUUUGUGAAUCUGAUAGAAGAAUCUCGGAGGAACACAUCGCUGCCUCUACUGGAAAUUUGUCCAAAUUGAAAACUCUGGUUGAAAUGGGGGCUAACUUGCAUUUAAAAGACAAGGAUGAAAACUCGUGUCUGCAUCUUUGUUUGUCUUCAGGUAUCGGCAGCGUUGUAGAAAUGGUCAGCUACCUGCUAGAGCAGGGUCUUUCUCCAAACGACACGAAUUCAGACUACGAGACUCCUUUAUAUUUAAUCCUAAAAAACGCAAAAUAUCACACUGAAGAUGAAGUAUCGUCCAUCGUUAAACUUUUGAUAAAAUUCGGCGGAAAUCCAAACCAAGAAAAACUUGAGAAAAAUCCUUUAAUUCAAGCAAUAGAAACAUUUAAUGCUAAAUGUGUUCAUAUUUUAUUGAAGAAUGGAGCGAGGGUGAACGAUCUGCCGAGUAAAUUAAAUGCACUGCAUGUGAUGUACGAUUCCAUUCUAUCUGUUCUGGUAAAAGAUCAGAGAG